GGGACGGCGGCGGCGAGCAGGGGGGGGGGACCCCGGCGGGAUGAGGCGGGCGCGGUGCUGAGGCGGCCCCGGUGCGGGAGCGGGGACGCGUCAUGACCUCGGCGCGGGAGGCGGCCGGUUCCCCCCCGUUGCACCCCCCGGGCGGCGGGCGGCGGCGGAGCGCCCUGGACCAGCUCCCGCCGCCCGCCAACUCCAACAAGCCGCUGACCCCCUUCGGCAUCGAGGACAUCCUGGGGCGGCCCCGCGGCGGGAGCCCCCCCGGGCCCGGCCCCGCCGCGCCCCCCGCCCGGCUCCCCGAGAAGGCGCCGGGGCCCCGCGGCGGCGGCUGCGCCCCGUCCUCGCCGCUCUGCGCGCUGGAGGAACUCGCCAGCAAAACCUUCCAGGGGCUGGAGCUGGGCGUGCUGCAGGCGGCCGAAGGUCGGGAGCCGCUGGGGGCCCUGGGGCAGCGCCCGCCCUGCAAGAAGAGGCGCAAGUCGCGGACGGCGUUCACCAACCAGCAGAUCUACGAGCUGGAGCAGCGGUUCCUGCGGCAGAAGUACCUGUCCCCGGCGGACCGGGACCAGCUGGCGGCCCGGCUGGCGCUCAGCACGGCCCAGGUCAUCACCUGGUUCCAGAACCGCCGCGCCAAGCUCAAGCGGGACCUGGAGGAGCUCCGGGCCGACGUGGCCUCGCUGCAGGCGCUGCCCCCCGCCGCCCUUCAGCAGCUGGCGGCCCUGCCCGACCCCCCGCGCCCCCCCGGCCCCGGCCCCGGCCCCGGCCCCGGCCCCGGCCGCGGCGGGGGGGGGUCCCGGGCCGGCACCGCCUUCCUUCCCCCUCGGCCUCUCUCGCACCGAAGUCCACACUGCCCCUCCCAGCCCCCCCAGCCCGUGCCGCCAGCCCCCCCCCAGCCCGUGCCGCCAGCCCCCACCACUCCCCCAAAAACGGAGGACAACGGGAUCCCCGUUAAUCAUCUGCCUCCA